AUGGCAGGCCCCUGCAACGCCAAAAAAGACUCGCCGAAAAUCAAUCAGACGGGGGCAGAGCGAAGGGCCAAGAGGCGCAAACAGGCAGGAGAGGAGCUCGAGCUGGGUAACGGGCGUUGUGUUGCAUUCAAGGAUUCGGGUGAGAUUGGGUCAGGCCCAUGGGGGCAAAUCGGCGGAAUGCGAGACAAGACGCUGUGGGAUUCAAGCAACUACGCCCAGGCUUGGGUCAUUCCCGAUGAGGAAGCUGGUCAAGACUCGGCUUGA